AUCCGCUCUCACGAUGAAGCUAACGGCCUUCAGCGCUUAAAUCAGGAGCUGGUUGGCCCUCUCUUUUCACGCUCAUACUGGAGUCGCCAUCUUCCCACGGGCUACAAAAGCACAUCCUUAAUGGCAUCGUUCCCUCCAACUCCUGGCGCACACGCACUUCCGCCACUCCCUCCAGGAUGGACUGAACAUCGAGCGCCUACUGGACAGCUAUAUUACUACCACGCUGCGACAAACCAUUCAACGUAUGUCCGGCCGCUACCACUCCCAGGCGCCUCUCAGCAGUCGAUCCAAUCUAACAAGGAGAAACCGCUUCUCAAAAUCCCUAUUCCUAACACCCCAUGGCUUCGAGUCAAGACUACUCACGGAAACGUCUUCUUCACUCAUACUGAAAAGAAAGAGAGCGUAUGGGUAGUUCCCGAUGAGAUCAAGGAUGCCAUUUCUUCAAUGGAUUGGCCUCAGCUUGAAGAAGAGGCUUUGCAAGAAAAGGAAAAGAAAGCGCAGGAGAAGGAGGUUGCCCGAGUAGCGGCCGAAAUCGAGAGCGAUAAGCUCAAACGGAAGGCUCAAGAGUCUGAACUACCGUCUGUCGUGGAUGAUUCCGAUAAACCUAAGGGCAAGAAGCGUAAGGCCGAGCCGAUAUCUGACACGCCACAGGCAAUUCAGGAGAUUUCAAUUGCGCCAGUCUCUGGCCCCCAGCCAGAUGACGACGAUGAGGAGGGAGAGGAAGAUCAAAGCGAAGUGUUUUCGAACCCGGAGGAAGAAGAAAAAUGGCAACGCGAAAUGGCUGAAGAUAUGGCUGAGCUCGCCGCUGAGGAAGCCGAGGCAGGAACAACGUCCGCCGAUGACAAAAAACACCCUAAAGGAAAUGAGGAUGAAAAGGAAGAUGAAAAAAAUCCGAAGUUUACUGUGCCUAACCAAGUUAACCUUUCUCCCGAAGAGGCCAAAACCCUAUUCAAGACUCUCCUCACGGACAAGAACCCAUCUCCUUUAGCUCCUUUUGCUUCUGUCAUGCCUCUGUUAAUCACUGAUCCCCGUUACGUCCUCCUUCCCUCCCAAGCCGAUCGAGAAUCCGCCUUCAACGAAUGGUGUCGCGAAGCAUCGCGUGCCGCGAGACUGGCAAAGGCUUCUACGAAACUUCAUACUUCUGCUCUACUCGAUGCUGAGGAAGUUGAUUCGAGCACAGGCGUGUUGGCGUCUAUCGAGUCACCGAAGCUCAGCAAGGCGGAAGAGAAGAAGCAAGCUCAAGAAGGGUAUGACGCCCUUCUUAAGACCGAGGUAACUUCCACCCGAAUGACAUGGGAAGACUUCAAGCGAAACUGGAAGAAAGACCGCCGGUUUUUCGCCUUUGGGAGGGAUGACAGGGAGCGAGAGAAGGUUUUCCGUGCUUAUCUGAAAGAGCUCGGCGAAAAGAAACGGGCACAAGCAAAAAAAGCUGAACUUGACUUCAUGGAAUUACUGAAAGAGCACAAGUCCACCAUCCCGAUUACUCCUAACUCUGACUGGAAGGAGGUGAAGAAGACGCGGAGCCUUAUCAAAGAUCUUCGAUAUGACGCAGUUGGAUCCUCCUCUCUUAGAGAAGAACUAUUUGGGACAUUCCUAAAAGCUUUAUCUUCCAAUGCCCCACCCAUCGAUGCCGCAACCCCCCAGCCUGCCAGUACUCCCCCACAGACGAAAACCGACAGAAAAGCUCGCGCCGCACGUGCGCUUCAGGAACGUACGGAGCAAGCACGCGUUGAGAGAGAUAGAGCUGAGAGGAGUAUAGCAAAGAACAAAGCUGCACUGGGGACGGCCGAGGCCGAGCAGGAACUCAUGUCGUUAUACGUCGAUUCGAUUCGGGACCCCAAAGUAUCGUACCGCGAAUUUGAAUCAACAUUUGCCAAUCAUCCCCGAUUCGCCUCUUCACCAUUAGCAAUCGCCCAAAAGCAACAGCUUUUCGCACAGCAUGCCGCUCAUUUGAAUACCAAGUAUCAAACAGCAUUGGAUGCGUUAUUCCUUCAGCAUGCCCCUUCUUUAUCCACAAUUUUUGAUGACCUUCCACCUUCAUCGACUGAAUCUCUCGAUGCAUCAUUACCAGCCCAAAAACUAGGUAUACACUUUGAUGUCUGGAUGAGACGACGGACUGGCCAAGCGCGGCGCGAUUUCGACGCGCUAUUACACGAGAACUCUUUCGUUGAAUUCUGGGGCAAAGUGAAGAAACUUCGUGCGGAUGGUGAAGACAUCAAGACACUUGCUAAAUCCAUUUCCGAGAACGAAAUGGACAGGGUAUUGAAGAACGAUCAGCGGUAUCGUGCGUUUGAUCAUUUGCCAGAGGAACGAAUGCGUUGGGUGAAAGUGUGUUAGCAAACCUACAUUUGUCGCCGGUUGUUCACCAUUUUACCAUAGGAUUACCUGUCUUCGCUCUCCGCUCCAAAACUAUCCGUUCACAUCCCCCGACAUGACCGUUCUUAAAAAUCGCAUUAGUUUGUUAUACAUACAUGUAUUCGAAAUAUACAUAAAGAUCUGCAGGC